CAUUGCAAAGAAGGAAAGUGUCAGACUUAUGCCCUCGAUAUCUACGGAGAUGCUGUACAGAACUCAGAGUUUGUUGACCAUGUUUUUCACAAGUCUCCAACGAUAAACCCAGUUUAUUGCCACAGCUCGUGUGUAGAUGACUGUCGGUGUUUGUCGUUCAACUACAAAGAAAAAAACGAAGAAAAAGUUUGCGAGUUGAAUGAAGGCAGCCACUUUAUAAACCAGAGCUCUCUCAAACAUUCUCCGGGUUCAAGUUAUUACAACCUUCGAAGGGAAUUCAGCCAAAAGGUAUUAUGGAUAGGGGUAAUGUUCAAAUGGCACCGAGUGAAGGAUAAUUUUAAGUGUUAAACGAACGCUCUUAUGUGGUCUUAAAUUUGAUUCAUAUCCAGGUUCAGUUUGAAAAGAUUCAUGGUAAAACUGAAAAUAUCAAUCUCUUAGAAAAUAAUUCAAUAAUUGUUUUUCCGCGAAGGGUUAACUUCUUCUUUUCUUUUUUUCUCAAAAAUCUCAGAGAGGGAUUCCUUUAAAUUCCAAUUCCAUGGUAUAAGCUUCAUGAUUUAUCAAAAACUGAAUAUGAGCACUUUCUUGCUGGUUGAAUAAAGCCAUGGUUACUAACAGAUUUGGCCAAGCGAAGUUGUCGUGAGUUAAAGAAGUGUGGUUAUAAAAAAAGUGGAGGAAACAAGAAUAAAACAUUCGUAAAUAACUUAGUAACCGAGAUACAUCACAUGAGAUUUCAAUAGGUGACGAAUGCUACAAACCUGAAAUUAAUCUGAAACUCUAGGACAAUAUUAUGAUGGUUUCCCAGUCAGAUUAGCAUUAAUUUACUUGAACCUUUUUAAAUAUUAAUACAAACAUAUUGAUCUCUGUGAGUGGUACAACCAAAACAAAAAAUUCUUGAGGCCUAAGCUUGACCAUAGAUCUUUCAAAUUCCCUUUCAUGAACCACUUUGUGAUCGCUUGUCUCUUUUUAAAUAUUCACUGAAAUUGGAGAGAAAGGAAAGCCUGUUCUGAACAACGUACACUACCACAUUUUUGUUAGAAUACUAAUUCAGGCUUUAUUAUAAAUAAAUAGGACGUUGAUGUACAUGUGCCUCUUGACACGGCAAUAACGCUGUUUGGCUGAUUAAAAUAGGAUAUUCAAAUAGUUUUGAAUAUCACUCAACAUGACUCCAUAAGUGAUGGAAAUCAGUCAAUCAACAGUUUUUUAAAGCGCUUUUAAAGUAUCAUUACUUACUGCGCUUUUCACAAACAUGCGAACUCUAAAGUUCAAAAGCAGCCUUCACAAUUGCGAUUUUCGCUGCCGUCAAUCAUAAUUACGAUCACAAGCAACGAACCUUGAAACACAGAAACACACAAAACGGAUCGAAAUCCACCAAUCACAAAUCACAAACCGUGACCUUUUGAACCCGUUAAAGUAGAGUUUUGUUUCCUGAGAGGUCCGUUAAGAUGAUUGACGGCAGCGAAAAACGCAAUCGUCAGUUGGCUUUUGAACUUCAGAAUUCGCAUGUUUGUGAAAAGCGCAGUAAACAUUUUAAAUCUCAAUAAAUUUCCUGCCUUAUCUAUUAUGUCACGGCUCGAGAAUUCCACUAUCACUCAUCACAUACUUUUUAUUGUGAGUUCUCAUGAAUAACUUUGGGUCUAGUGAUCUACAUAUUUCUCAUCGCAUCUCUAUUUCUACAUAAAUCAAUUUUUCAGAGACGCAGUGUGACGUCAUGUGGGGACGUCGCAUGCGUAAACGGCUGUUGCAAGAACAAUCCUUGUCAAAAUGGAGGAAAAUGCAUGGAAAUAUGUGAGCCCACGAGCGUUCGGUACAACUGCUCUUGUGCAGAAAGGUUUUUUGGCAGACACUGCGAAUUUGAAAGAAAAAGCUGCCAGACCUAUAAGGCUGCAGGAGAAAGGAGUUCUGGAUUGUACAUAAUCAUUGAUGACAGCAAUCGAUCCUUCGAAGUGUUUUGUGACUUUGACUCUGAGCCCGGGUUUGCAUGGAACUUGAUUCAGUCGUUCAGCUUUUCCAAUAAAGACCGUUUUAAGGUAAGUAGCGUUAGGUUUCCUUAAGAUAUAUUUCACAAUCUCAACUGUGCUUUCGAUUGAAAAUGACCAAUCAAAGCAAAAAGGUCGUCUAGGAUUCUUCUUUGUGGCUGUAGCUUAUACUAAACUUAUGCUCGUUUUUUUUUUUCCACGAUCAAAUAGCGCAAAGCAAGUCUUUCGAGUACGAGGAACUCGAUCCUCUCACAGACGUAUUUGGCGUCCUCCAAGGCUCAAAGGCUUUCCUUAGGCGAUUGCUUGCGUGCAUUUAUGACCGCUGCGAAUAAACGAUUUGACGCAAAUUUCAGAGAGCAAGGUUUUGGUCGUUUAUGGUGGGAGUCAUCCUAAUUACAAAAGCAUCUAUCUUCUUUACAACAUCAUUAGGCUGAUUUAGCAACAGAACGGGAACGUCAGUUGACGAAGGCGAGUGCAAAUUAAACAACUGGCUUGACCAAUGGCAGAGCGGCAAAUUGGGCACCGGAAGUCCUGUUUGGUCCUUCCCUCGCGUUUUCCCGUCGUCAACUGACGCUCCAAAGUUCUCUAUUGCUUUUAUAAAAUAACUUUCCCAAGAAAAAAAGCAAGACUCUCUUGUUUGGAGCACUGGUUAAAAGACAAAUUCUUACCAGUCGCGAAGUCUUGUACACGAAGCAGUCCUUGUUUUGCAAAAAAGAUGCUUUCCAAAAUACGGUUUUUUUCUCGCUUAAAAUGUCAGCUCAAGUGAAAAAAAAUUGACACAGCAUGUUUCUAAAGAUUUUCCAAGUUUCAGCCGACGAGGAAAUGGGUGAAUAAAGUAAACUUGUCGAGGUUUUCAACUCAAAACAUUUUUUCAAAUUCGUGCUUGCAUGAUUAGCGCGCGAAAAGCAAAACAUGAUGUCACAUCCAUGUUUACAUACUCUCAUGCAAACACGCCUCUCGGCCAAUCAGAGCGAGCGUACUAUCUUAGUUAUUUUAUAAUACAAUACUGAAUACUGGUUUAUUCAUGAUGUCUAACAAUAUACAAAAGUGUAUAAAAAUACAAAAACGAGGAAGAUAAGAAAAUAAAAUACAUCAUGAAAAGGAAACACGAGGUCUACCCUAUGACGUUUCCUAAAUAAAAAUAAAAAUACGUUAAAUUAGGAAGGUUUAAUUUGCACUUAGCCUCGUUUUGAAAGCGAGAGUUUUUGAACUCUGAAAUGGCCUAUUCUCUUCACAAUUAGAUACGGUUAAAUUACAGUAAAUUAGACUGACUUGAUGAAUAAAUUUUUGAUGCAGUUUUUUCUUUGCAGGGCGUUAUCUUCUCUGAUUACACUGACGCAGAUGCAACCAACGACGAUCAACCAAACUGGCAUGCGUACUUGAUCCGCCCAGCAUACCUGGAAUUGCUUGGGGCCCAGUCCACUCACUGGCGAGCUACUUGCCGCUAUGAUACCGACGGAGUUAAGUACACAGAUUACAUACGAACAUCUUUAACGGAUUGUAACAUACUUACUCUACAAACUGAACAUGGCACAUGCUUCCAAUUCGAGUUCGUUAAUAUCCAAGGAUAUGAAUGCUUUAACUGUACCUUAUCUCUGUGGAAUAUAAAAGGUACUUAUCCUCUGCAUAGAGACAAUGCCUUGGAAGUUUGCGAUUUCAAUGGAGAAGCUGGUGCAAAACCUUCGGAAGACAACUUUGGUAAUUACGAUGUUGUUAAUCCCUCACAUCGUUGUUCCUCAAAUGCUUCAUCUACCACCCAGUUCUGGCUUGGGGGUCAGUGA